AUGCAAACACACGGAAACUUAGCAGCUAGUUCUUUGUGGCAACCGACGGAACUCGCUAGACGUAUGCUCGGGGAGAGACCAUCGCCUGUUCCGCCAACUAGAGAGCUUUGGCCUCCACCAGAGCCGCUAUUAAGUAUAAGCACAUUGCAACUGGCUUAUCAACAAGAUUUUCAAGAUGACUUAUCUCCAAGACGCGCAUCAACCCUUCCUUCUCAACCUUAUGUUCCAACGACGGUGCCUAUAGAUUGUGAUGAACGUCCGCGUUUUUGUACUGUAGGCACAAAUACGGAACCUCCUCAAACAAUAGCAAGUCGAAUAAGACGCUUAUUUCGACGAGAAGAUGACAUCGCUUCUUUUCCAACAUUGCAACUAACUUCUAGGAAAAUGGAAUCUCAAAUAGAGCCAUAUGAUGAAAACCCAACUCAUCGGGCUGUCAACGGUAUAAAAAAGGCCAUAUCGGGAGCAAAAUACCGCGUCGCCCCUCACACUGAAAGCACUGAUAGUCCAAAGAUCGUCUAUGAUACAUCCAAACCAGGAGAUCGAAUGUUUACGACAUUUGGGGCGAGUAAAUCUCGGAAAUGGCUUAGGUUCCCAGCAAAAUUAAAUUGUGUUCAGCACAUUAGAGGUCUAAGAAUCUUGUGUGGUCAACGACGUCGACAAUCUUCACACCUAGAGCGUGCGCGCAUGCAGGGGCGCGCGGGAGCUAGCCCGAGCGGGCUCCGCUCGCACCCGCGCGCCCUGCCGCCUGUGUUGCCGCCGCCGCCGCAGUUCGCGUCAGAACAAGACGAGAUGCCAGCCAAUCAGAUUGCUCAGGUGAUCGCGUUAAUAUGUGGACUUUUAGUAGUGAUACUAAUGGUUUUGGGGCUGGCAUCAGCCGAUUGGCUGAUGGCGGCGGGCUGGAGACAGGGCUUGUUUAUGCACUGCAUAGACCCCGAGGCACCAACGCCGCUCCCCUUCGACAUAACGGCUCAACCCGGUUGCUACGCUGCGAGGCCCGCGCCAUAUAUCAAGGCGGCGGCGGGGCUGUGCGUGGCGACGCUGGCAGCAGACGUGUGCGGCGCGCUGCUCACAGGGCUCGGCCUGCGCUCGGCAGAUCACCGUACAAAAUUCCGAUAUUAUCGGUUCGCUGUACUCGCCAUGUCACUUGCACUAAUGUGCAUUUUAAUAGCACUAGUCAUAUAUCCAGUAUGUUUCGCCGCAGAACUUAACUUGGGUAACAGGUCGGUGUGGGAGUUUGGUUGGGCGUACGGCGUCGGCUGGGGCGCCGCCAUCUUCUUAUUCGGGGCUGUCGUACUUCUGCUAUGCGACAAGGAGAGCGAGGAGCUCUACUAUAAGGAACGGAAAGUGGUGAGCGGCGAGGGCGGCGGGCGCCCC